AUGACCAAUAUUCGAAAUAAUGAACAAUCGAGAGUUGAUAUUGAAUCUGCAGAACUUUUAGAUGCUGAUAUUAACGUGCAGAUGCAUCCAAAGUCGUAUUAUAUGCCAAUAAGUGUACCCAGCAGUAUUCACAAUCAGUUCCCAAAUUUUGUUUAUGGUUCCCAUAGCUCACCACCCAGAUCAUUACUUGGACAAGAAAAAGAAUUAUCCAGUUUAUAUGUAUUUUCUAUCAAUCAACCAUUUUCAAUUGAUGGUAAAACAAAUCAUCCUUUAUUAAUUUCUGAAGAUAUAAAUGGUAAAGCUAAACGUGCAUAUCGUCUCUCCUCUGAUCGUUUUCUUUCACGCGUAACUACUGGUGACCAUCGUGUACUUGCAACCGUGAAGAUUUAUUCAAAUCUUGCUGAAAUCAUUCAACCUCUUGGUAAAUUACCAAUCGAAUUCUCAAAUGAAGACUGGAAUGAUAUUCGUUCUGAUUCAGUAACACUUGUCGGCUCUAAUGUCACGGUAACACAACAAUCAAUUACUGAAAAGAAAAAAUCACUUAACAAUGCUCAAGUCAAUGUUCGCGCACCAUCAUCAUCAAAUACUGAAACAAAAUUUAUUAAAGCAACAAUGAUUGAUGAAACAAGAAAUUUAGUUAAACUUAUUGAUAAAGACAUUAGUAAAGAACCAAUCUCUUUUACUACUCAACCAGAUCAUAUUGUUUAUGAUAAUGAACCACCUCAAAUAAAAUACUAUGUUAAUUUUACAUAUGAUACAACAGAUGCAGUUUAUUUAAGUUAUCUUCGUUCAAAUCUUAACUGGAAAACACGUUANUGA